AUGCUUGCUGGCGAAUCUGGACUUGGAAAGACAACGUUCAUCAACACAUUAUUCCAGACGACUCUCAAGACACACCCCGAACUGCGCAAUAGACUGAACAGCCCGAUCAGAAAGACCGUGGAGAUCGACAUCGUUCGGGCCGAGCUGGAAGAGAAGAACUUCAAGCUGAACCUCAACGUUGUGGACACGCCAGGGUUUGGAGACAACGUCAACAACAAGAACGCCUGGCAGCCGAUCAUUGACUUCAUCGAUGACCAACACCACUCUUAUUUGAAGCAGGAAACCCAGCCUCUGCGUGCCAACAGAAAAGACCUACGUGUCCAUGCCGUGCUCUACUUUAUUCGCCCCACCGGCCACACGCUCAAACCCCUGGACAUCGAGGUGAUGAAGAAGCUGGGCACGCGUGCGAACCUGAUCCCUGUGAUCGCCAAGGCGGACACACUGACCCCUAACGAGAUGCUCGAGUUCAAGAAGAGAAUAAGAGAGAUCAUCGAGGUCCAGGACAUCCGGAUCUACUCGCCGCCAAUCGAGCUGGACGACCAAGCUGCGUCGGAACACGCCAAGCAGCUGAUCGAGUCUAUGCCGUUUGCGGUGAUCGGGUCUGAGGAGGAGUUCGAGGUGGACGGUACCUACGUGAAGGGCAGAAAGUACCCGUGGGGCUUUGUGGACGUGGAAAACGACCAGCACUGCGACUUCAGAAAGCUGAGAAGCCUGAUUCUGAGAACCAACAUGCUGGACCUGAUUCUGUCCACCAACGAGCUGCACUACGAGACAUUCCGCACCAUCAAGAUGCAGGACGGCACUCAGGGCGACUCUGACAGCACGGCGGCUCUGGACAAGAAGCUCGACCGGUUCUCAAGCAAUCCGAAGUUCCUGGAGGAGGAGAAGCGCAUCAAGCGCUAUUUUGCAGAGCAGCUGAGAAACGAAGAUCAACGGUUCAAGCAGUGGAAACAGAACAUUCACACAGAGAAAAACAGAUUGAACCACGAUCUGGCUACUCUGCAGAACGAGCUCAAGACGCUUGAGGAGCAAGUCAAGGCCUUGAAGGAAAAGAAGGGACGGAUGUAG